CGGCGGGAGAAGCUUAGAGAUAUGGUAUUCUCCAGGCAAUUCUCGGCAUUCGACAGGCAAAACCAAGCUGCUGCGAACAGUCCCUUUCAAGGGUUUUAUGUUCUGUUUUGGAUCGCUGUCGCUUUCCUCAUCAUCAAGAUGGGUGCCGAUAACUGGAGAAAGACUGGAAAUGUGCUCGGCACAAAUGAGAUAAUGAAGUACAUGUUUCGUAGAGAUGUAUUGGUUCUUGCGAUUUCUGAUGGCGUUAUGUGUAGUAUGACCGGCUUUGGAUGGCUACUCCAGCAACUGGUCUUGAGAGGCUUGAUAAACUGGAACAGAACGGGAUGGAUCAUUCAGAAUAUUUGGCAAACAGCAUUCAUUGGCGCCGUCGUCGGUCUGACGCUCAUCAGAGAUUGGCCCUGGACGCACACUGUUUUUUUCGUCAUGCAUGGUCUAGUAAUGCUCAUGAAGCAGCAUUCUUACGCAUUUUAUAACGGACACCUAUCAGUUGCAUACAAAAAGAGGGAACUACUUGGCGAAAGACUCAAGCAGCUCGAGAAUGUCGAGCCCGUCAACUCGCCUUCUCAGACAGUCCCACCGCCGAGCGCACUCUCAACAUCCCAUUUAUCUCAUCGACCUUCUGCCCACGAAUAUAGAGAACGACGCCUUUCUGUAUCCAAGCCAAAUGUAGCAGACGAUAUCGAGGACAUCUCUCGUGCAAUUGACUCCGACCAGCCACUUGAUAUGGAGCAGCUCCAAUUAUUUGAGCGGAUGGUCAAGUGGGAAACCGAUGCCUUGACAGAUGAGCUGAGAGGAAAAGCUACUGAACCUGACCGAAGUUAUCCAAACAAUCUCACACUGUUUAAUCACUAUGAGUACAUAUGCCUUCCAACCCUGGUGUACGAGCUCGAGUAUCCACGAUCCGAUUGCGUCAAUUGGCCUUAUGUUGUUGAGAAGCUGUGCGCCGUUUUCGGGGUCAUCUUCGUCAUGAUCAUGAUCUCUCAAGCAUAUAUCUACCCAGUCGUUAUUCAGGCCAUAAUGAUGAAAGAAGAAGGAUGGACGUUGAUUGAGAGAUUUCGAGAGUUUCCUUGGAUGCUCAGCGAUUUGGUGUUUCCUUUCAUGAUGGAAUAUCUCCUUGUAUGGUACUUGAUCUGGGAAGCCGUUCUGAAUACCCUGGCGGAGCUCACAUACUUUGCUGAUCGCAGUUUCUAUGAUGCAUGGUGGAACAGCGUGUCAUGGGAUCAAUAUGCACGCGACUGGAACCGACCAGUCCACAACUUCUUACUCCGGCAUGUGUAUCAUUCCUCCAUCUCUUCUAUGCGCGUCAACAAACAUACGGCGACAUUGAUCACGUUCUUCUUGUCCGCUUGCGUACACGAGUUGGUCAUGUGGUCGAUCUUCAAGAAACUCAGAGGAUAUCUUCUGAUUUUGCAAAUGUCUCAGCUGCCACUGGUACAACUAAGCCGCACUAAAAUGAUGCGCAACCAGAAAACACUUGGCAACAUGAUCUUCUGGAUCGGUAUCUUCACUGGACCCAGCUUACUUUGUAGUUUGUAUCUCAUUCUAUAG